CUGCGGAGGCGGGACCGAGGACCCGGAGAUUUGAGCGGCGGGUGGGCGGGGAGGGGCCUUUGUGACCUGCCCGCCCCUCCCCGGCACUGUGAUGACGGGGGGCAGCUGCGGGCCCGGCGCGCCUGUCUCCGGCGUCCCCCCCUCCCCGUGUGUCACAACGGCGGAGGCGGCUGUAUCUGGAGCAGUCGGGUCGGGCAGGCCCAGCUGGGAGGUGCGCGGGCGAGGACAGCGGCCGCGAUGCGGGAAUGCAUAUCAGUCCACGUGGGCCAAGCAGGAGUUCAGAUUGGCAAUGCCUGCUGGGAGCUCUUCUGCCUGGAACACGGCAUCCAGGCAGAUGGCACUUUUGAUGCUCAAGCCAGCAAGAUCAACGAUGAUGACUCCUUCACCACCUUUUUCAGCGAGACUGGCAAUGGGAAGCAUGUGCCCCGGGCUGUCAUGAUAGAUCUGGAGCCUACUGUAGUGGAUGAGGUUCGGGCAGGAACCUACCGCCAGCUCUUCCAUCCAGAGCAGCUGAUCACAGGAAAGGAGGAUGCAGCCAACAACUAUGCCCGGGGCCACUACACGGUGGGUAAGGAGAGCAUUGACCUGGUGCUGGACCGCAUACGGAAGCUGACAGAUGCUUGCUCUGGCCUGCAGGGCUUCCUGAUUUUCCACAGUUUUGGUGGGGGCACUGGCUCCGGCUUCACUUCCCUGCUGAUGGAACGCCUCUCCCUGGAUUAUGGCAAGAAAUCCAAGCUGGAGUUUGCCAUCUACCCAGCCCCCCAGGUCUCUACGGCAGUGGUGGAGCCCUACAACUCCAUUCUGACCACCCACACCACACUGGAACAUUCAGACUGUGCUUUCAUGGUGGACAACGAAGCCAUCUACGACAUCUGCCGCAGGAACCUUGACAUUGAGCGCCCUACCUAUACCAACCUCAACCGCCUCAUCAGUCAGAUUGUGUCCUCAAUCACUGCUUCUCUCCGCUUUGACGGGGCCCUCAAUGUGGACCUCACUGAGUUCCAGACCAACCUGGUACCCUACCCCCGCAUCCACUUCCCGCUGGUCACCUACGCGCCCAUCAUCUCUGCUGAGAAAGCCUAUCACGAACAGCUCUCCGUGGCCGAGAUCACCAGCUCCUGCUUUGAGCCCAACAGCCAGAUGGUGAAGUGUGACCCAAGACAUGGCAAGUACAUGGCCUGCUGCAUGCUCUACCGGGGCGACGUGGUGCCCAAGGAUGUGAAUGUCGCUAUUGCUGCCAUCAAGACCAAGAGGACCAUCCAGUUUGUAGACUGGUGUCCCACAGGCUUCAAGGUGGGCAUCAACUACCAGCCCCCGACCGUGGUCCCCGGGGGAGACCUGGCCAAGGUGCAGCGGGCCGUCUGCAUGCUCAGCAACACCACGGCCAUCGCGGAGGCCUGGGCCCGCCUCGACCACAAGUUUGACCUCAUGUACGCCAAGCGGGCCUUUGUGCAUUGGUAUGUCGGAGAGGGGAUGGAAGAAGGAGAAUUUUCUGAGGCCAGAGAAGACUUAGCUGCCCUGGAGAAGGAUUAUGAAGAAGUGGGGACUGAUUCGUUUGAAGAAGAAAAUGAAGGGGAGGAAUUUUAAAUAUACACCUUCCCCUUG